AAAAAUUUUAAUAAUAAUAAUAAUAAUAAUAAUCAUAAUAAUAGUAAUAGCAAAUUUAUAAAUUAUAACUCAAACAAUAACAACAAUGAUAAAUAUACGUACGAUGUUGAACCCUGUAAUGCUUUAAAAUACAGUUUUUUAGAUUAUAGAAAUAUAAUUCUUGGGUACGAUAACUUAGAAAAUGAUAGUUCGAAUACAGGAGGUAAACUUAAAAAAAUAUUUGACCACCUUGCAUCAAAAGAAAAUCAAAAGGAAAAAAAAGGAACAGAUGAAGUAAGAAAAAAAUUUUGGGAGAAAAACAAAAAAUGUUUUUGGGAAGCAAUGAUAUGUGGGUACAAACACGGUAGAGAUGAAGAACUAACAAGUUGUGACCAACCAAACGAUAGUGACUACCCACUUGGUAAUAAUCGAACCCAUGGUACGAAUCUCCAGUUUUUACGUUGUUUUUCUUAUAUUGGUAUGUUGUUCCUGGUAUAUUUGUACGCUGUUUU